AUGUCAUUUGCUCCUUCAUCUGAAUAUCCCUCUGAAUUACUUUCAAAAAUCUGUUCUUAUAUCUACUCUUCCUGUCUUCCCCCCACCCGUACCUCUCUCGACCCUCUAAUCCUCUCCGAACAGACCUAUGGAGCCCCGACAGACUUGCCUUCUUCCUUCCCCCAAUCCAACUGGUCCGAACAUGAAGCAAGGCACACCCUUGCGAACCUUUGUUUGGUGAACCACGCCUGGUACGAAGCCGCCAAACCCUGGCUCUGGCGAAAGCUCGAGGUCCGACUCCCCCGCACAUGGCUAUCUUUAGUCGACGAGAUUUCAUGGGAUCAUCAACAACUGACUGUUGACCAAGUCAUGGAGCAAACAGUCAAAGCAGCUGCAAAGGUCGCAAUGUCGAGGCAGCGAACAUUGUUGGACAAGGACGAAGAACUCGAUCUCGAAGAAUGUAUCCUCGAUUCCAUUGGCAUCCCUCAAGAUGACCUGCCCCUUCCCGACGAGGGAAUCCCUUUGGAGCUUCUUUCGCCUCUCUCCUCUCGUGAGCCUAGUCCCAGGCGCUAUAGACACAAAAGCAAGAGUCCUGCUCGAUGGGAACUCGUUCGUUCGAUCAGUAAUGCACUCCAGGAUGUCUUUGAAAGAAGAGAACCCGGUGUACAUGUGCCAACCCCAAACGACCCCAGUCCAGGACGAUUCGUCCAGCAUCUCGAUUUCAAUCACUUUCGAACUAUUGGUAUGAGGCGAUCGAUUGACGAAGGUGUCAACAGUCGGUUUGUUACAGGAGACCGUGUCGAAGCUGUCCUCAAGGAAAUGCCCAAUUUGACCGCUUUUGGGGCAACAGAGUACAUGGAUGGUGCACUGUCUCUCUCUGUGUUGAAGGAACUUUUCUUGCGUGGUUCUCCGUCUCGGGGGCGAGGUCGACCUUCGCGUGGUCGCGCCCUUGUCGACUUUGACGACUCCGAGGAGGAGGAUCGAGAUAGGAGACGCCAAUGCAGGGAGCUGGAAGCAAUUGAUUUCACUGGUUGCGUCAGUGCCGUUUUUGUUAACGCACUGGCUGAAUUCGUAACCGCCCAUCUAGUUCCUCCCACUCCGGAGAUUUCACGUCGACUGACGUUGGAAGAACCCCUCAUAUUCCCAGGGCUGCAGAGACUUGGUUUGCGAGGUGUGAAAUCCGUUCUCCCCGAGAUACUCAACCCAUUCGUUCUUUCAUUCCCCUCCCUCACUCAUCUCGAUUUGUCGGGAACUCGAGCGACUCCCGACCUUCUCUCUGCACUCGGCGCAUCUCCUACUGUUCGCUUGCAGUCUCUUGCAUUGGCACGUUGUGUCAGGCUCACUAGCGAAAGCCUCAAGACAUUCCUGAACGACUCACCAGUGACCCGUCAGCUGAUUGAGUUGAAUCUGUACAGCGAUGCUACCUUUAAUAGCCCGCUGAACGCAGAGGACCUCCUCAGUAUAGUUAAACUGGCACCAUGCUUUGUCAGCGGAGAACUGCGGUACCUUGAUCUUUCCAACGCCCCUCUCGAUAGAGAGAUCCUAGACGCAUGUGCACCCCAGCCUCACCUUCGCUCUUUGGGGCUUUCACAUAUCGGUUCACUCCCGAUCAUGGUCGUUACCGAGUUUAUCAAGGAAAAGGCCGUGAAUGUGGAGGUGCUUACUCUGGUGGGAAGUUGUCCCGAGCUCGACUGCGGGUUGCGUACAGGCACAGGUGUGGGUAAUAUACCCACCCGUGGCUCGACCCGGCAAUCGUGUUUGACGUUGCACUCAGCUCUCAUCAACCCGUUGUGUGUCCCACCGUUCUCAUUCAGUCUUUCUACUCAGUCGACUAGGGGAAAACCACCACCGACGAAGUUGAGGGUGAUUGAGUUGUCGUCUAUCAUGCUUGGUGGCCUUGGCGUUGGUGCUGAUAGUUGGAGAAUCAUACGGAGCAAAGGGGGACGAGGGUGGUAUGUGGAUACGGCGAAAGGCUGGGUCACAGGAACACGGGAUGAAUAUACCGGAUUUUGUUGGGAUCUUGGGCCAGAUCACGCUUUGCGUGUGGAGAUGCAACGAUUAUCGGACGCCAAUGGGAAUGUAAGCAGUGGGGUUGGUUGGCAUGCGCGUAAGAUGGAGAUUCUUCAUGGCUGUGGAAUGCUCGGUCGUGAGGACGGGCUUUAUGGAGCCGUCAGUUUUGCAUACCAAGGAUGA